AUGCGCAAAGCCACCAAGAUAUGCAAAGCCACCAAGAUGCGCAAAGCCACCGAGAUGCACAGGGCUGCUGAGAUGCACAAAGUCACCAAGAUGUGCAGGGCCACCACGGUGCCUAAAGCUACCAAGAUGUGCAAAGCCACCGAGGUGCACAAAGCCACCAAGAUGUACAAAGCCACCAAGACGUGCAGGGCCACCAAUGUGCACAAAGCCACCAAGAUUCACAAAGCCACCAAGAUGUACAAAGCCACCAAGGUGCCCAAAGCCACCAAGAUGUGCAAAGCCACUGAGGUGCACAAAGCCACCAAGAUGCACAAAGCCACCAAGAUGUACAAAGCCACCAAGACGUGCAGGGCCACCACCAAGGUGCCCAAAGCCACCAAGAUGUGCAAAGCCACCAAGAUUCACAAAGCCACCAAGAUGUGCAGGGCCACCAAGGUGCCCAAAGCCACCAAGAUGUGCAAAGCCACCAAGAUUCACAAAGCCACCAAGAUGUGCAGGGCCACCAAGGUGCCCAAAGCCACCAAGAUGUGCAAAGCCACCGAGGUGCACAAAGCCACCAAGAUGUACAAAGCCACCAAGAUGUGCAAAGCCACCAAGGUGCACAAAGCCACCGAGGUGCACAAAGCCACGGAGAUGCACAGGGCCGCUGAGAUGCCCAAAGCCACCAAGAUGUGCAAAGCCACCAAGGUGCGCAAAGCCACUAAGAGGCACAAAGCCACUGGGAUGCACAGGGCCACCGAAGUGCACGAAGACGCUGAGACGAGGACGGAGGCCAGGGAGAUGGGAGCAGGGGCUCCCUCCCGCGACGUCCUCCUCGUCUCAGCCAUCAUCACCGUCAGCCUUAGCGUCACCAUCGUCCUCUGCGGGAUCUGCCAGUGGUGCCAGCGCAAACUGGGUAAGCGUUACAAGACUUCCCUGGAGACUGUGGGAACUCCGGACUCCAGCCGAGGCCGCAGUGAAAAGAAAACCAUCAACGAUCUAGACAGAGACUUUUGGAAUAACAAUGACAACACAGUGCAGCAGAAAUGGAGCUCCUACCCUCCCAAGGAGUUUAUACUAAACAUUUCACCUUACGCCCCGUACGGUGAUCCGCGGCUUUCCCUCAAUGGCUCUCUGUUAUCAGGGGCCAAGCUGACGGCAUCGGCCGCCGCGGGGUUGGCGGGGGAGCGCGACGGCCGCCCCGGGGAGAAGCAGCGGCUCGGCGAGGACGGCAUGAGGAGCAGCGUCUCUGCCCACAGCGAGCCCGGCGUGGGGAAGGCGGCGCGAGGCCGCUGGCACACGGUGCAGAGCCACUUGGCCGCAGGGAAGCUCAGCCUGUCCAAUUUCGAGGACUCCACCUUGUCCACAGCCACUACCCUUGAGUAUAUCCCCACCUCAGCAGGCGACCCCAAAUGCCAGAGGCCCCGCACGCUCAUGCGCCAGCAAAGUCUGCAGCAGCCCCUCAGCCAGCACCAGCGCGCCAACCACAGCCAGCCCACCACCAGCCAGAGCCUGGGCCACCUCCAGGCCCACAGCGGCUCCUCCGCCGGCGCCGGCAACCCCCGGGGCUCCCGCGGCGGCCAGGCGCGCCAGGGCAUCGCCGCCGGCUCCAGGCAUCGGACGGCUGGCGGCCGGAGCCGCUCCAAUCCCGGCAGCUGGGACCACGUGGUGGGGCAAAUCCGCAACCGCGGCUUGGACAUGAAGUCCUUCCUGGAAGGCCGGAUGGUGGUGUUAUCCCUGGUUUUGGGACUCUCAGAGCAAGAUGACUUUGCCAAUAUCCCCGACCUGCAACCCGCUGGGACGCAGCCGAACCAGCCGAACGCUCAGGGGGACAAGAGGUUGCCGGCCGGCGGCAAGGCGGUGAACACAGCGCCGGUGCCCGGGCAGCCACCGCACGAUGAGUCCGACCGCAAGACGGAGCCGCACUCCUCUGUCUCCGACCUGGUCAACUCCCUGACCAGUGAGAUGCUCAUGCUCUCCCCAGGCUCCGAGGAUGACGAGGGCCACGAUGGCGUCAGCCGGGAGAACCUGGGCCGCAUCCAGUUCAGCGUCGGCUACAACUUCCAGGAGUCCACCCUGACCGUCAAGAUCAUGAAGGCGCAGGAGCUGCCAGCCAAGGACUUCAGCGGCACCAGCGACCCCUUUGUCAAGAUCUAUCUGCUCCCCGACAAGAAGCACAAGCUGGAGACCAAGGUGAAGCGGAAGAACCUCAACCCGCACUGGAAUGAGACCUUCCUCUUCGAAGGGUUCCCCUACGAGAAGGUGGUGCAGCGGGUGCUGUACCUCCAGGUCCUGGACUACGAUCGCUUCAGUCGCAACGACCCCAUCGGGGAGGUGUCCAUCCCCCUCAACAAGGUGGACCUCACCCAGAUGCAGACCUUCUGGAAGGACCUGAAGCCGUGCAGCGAUGGCAGCGGAAGCCGUGGGGAGCUGCUGCUGUCGCUGUGCUACAACCCCUCCGCCAACUCCAUCGUGGUGAACAUCAUCAAAGCGCGUAACCUCAAAGCCAUGGACAUCGGGGGCACGUCAGACCCCUACGUGAAGGUGUGGCUGAUGUACAAGGACAAGCGGGUGGAGAAGAAGAAGACGGUGGUCAUGAAGCGGUGCCUGAACCCCGUCUUCAACGAGUCCUUCGCCUUCGACAUCCCCACGGAGCGGCUGCGCGAGACGACCAUCGUCAUCACCGUCAUGGACAAGGACAGGCUGAGCCGCAACGAUGUCAUCGGCAAGAUCUACCUGUCCUGGAAGAGCGGCCCCGGGGAGGUGAAGCACUGGAAGGACAUGAUCGCCCGUCCCCGGCAAGCGGUGGCACAGUGGCACCAGCUGAAGGCCUGA